ACGCUAGCUUCUCCAGUCGAAUCAGGGGGCGGACGAGUGGGUGGUGAUCCGCAUGUCCUAGUGAUCAUCUCCUCCAACACCACCAGAGGUAUGCAUCCCUUGAUUGACCCACCACUAUUUGGUCUUUAAAACCAACCCAUGGACUGAGACAUCCAUCGUGAACGGUUGAUAAUUUCACAAUGGGUGACUACAGUCUUGAAGAGCUCUCUGACUUGAGUGUGCUGGCGUCCGAACAUGGGCUAGAACUGACCCCGGAUGGGUGUCAUUUGCGCUGGGCGCGAACCAACCGAAAGCAUCCGCGGAACUGGCAUCCAGUACGCAAGGCCUACGAUAUUAUUGUCAUCUCGCUGUUGGAGUUUUUUACGACAUGUCUCAGUACCUCAGGAGCCACGACAGCCACCGCUGCUCAGAAUGAGUUCGGGACGGGAAAGACCCUGACGUUGUUUCUCUACGUGUCAACAUAUCUCUUGGGGCAAGGCCUCGGGGGGAUCGUGUUCCCCCCAUACUCGGAAUCCUUCGGACGGAAGAAGCUCUACAUCUUCAGCGCAUCACUAUACAGCGUGUUCUGUCUCGUCAUCGCAGCGGUCCCCUCACUCGGUGCCCUGGUAGUCGGUCGUUUCAUCACGGGCUUCCUUUCCGCCAUCCCUACGGUAGUGAUUACCGGAAGCAUCGAAGACAUGUUCAACACGCAUGACCGGAUUCUGGUCAUGUUGAUAUAUGUUUCUAUGGCAUGUAUGGGUGUUAGUGCUGGGCCCAUUAUAAGCUCAUAUAUUGCUGUUCGAUUUGGCUGGAGAUGGGUCUUUUAUGUCGGGGCGAUUGUGUCUGCAUUUCUUGCAGGGCUGCUCUUAUGCAUCAAAGAAUCCAGACCAUCCCUUCUCCUUGUCCGGGAAGUAGAAACCUUGCGCAAGCUGACCGGCAAUGAUUCUCUUAAAGCCCAGAACCCCGAUUAUAUGCCGGACCUGCGCACCUUUAUUCACCUCGGGCUCUUGCGACCACUCCGACUCUUUGUGACCGAACCUAUUGUAUUCAUCGUUACUAUGAUAUUUGGGGUGUGUGUUGCGUUGGUAUACCUCUUCACGGAAGCCCUUCCGCCCGUUUACGAGGCCUUUGGCUUUAGCACGGAUGAGGCGUCUCUUCCAUUCCUGGCCCUCGGUCUCGGCGUUAUUCCAAAUGCCUUGACCCGCAUCUUAGACUAUCGCAUCAUCCAGAAACGGCAAAAGGAAUGCGGCGUUCUCAAACCAGAACACAAGCUCACCGGGAUCUUCAUCGGAGCCCCGGUCCUCGCGAUUUCGCUCUGGUGGUUUGCGUGGACGAUUCCUCCCGAGGUGACCAACGUCCACUGGUUUGCUUCCGUUGCCGCCCUCUUCUUCACCGGAUAUGCGCUCAACGAAAUGGAGAUUGUGGUAACGGCGUACCUGGCGGAUAGUUAUCUCAGCUAUGCGGCUAGUGGAUUUGCCGCCCUCUCCAUCAUCCGAUCGCUUCUAUCGGCCGCAUUCCCUCUGUUUGGAAGCAAGAUGUUCGACGCACUGGGUGCCAACGUGGCAGUUUCCAUCCUUGCAGUGCUGGCAACGAUAUUUUGCAUCGUUCCACCACUCCUCAGUCGGUUUGGAGAGCGCAUGAGGAUGCGCAGUGCAUUCGCCAAGUACAGCCUGCAAGUGUAUGCGGAGAACGGCGUCGACCAGGACUUUCAGUAGUGUUGAUCAUAGAGAUACAGGGGGUCAGCGCAUACGACGAAUUAUAAAUGCUUACGCGAGAUUACGGCUUAUACACUUGAUUCAGAUAAGAACGAUACAACACAAAAUAAAUGGGG